AUGCUUUGUUGCAUUCCAAACGCUCCAGCGACUAGACGAAUAAAAAUUGACCGGUAUUCCAUAGGUAAUCCAAUAAACUUUCGACACAUUGCACACAUGGGUAGCUCAGAAAUAUCAGAUAAUAAUGUAUGCAAUUCUUUUGGUCUCCUCGACCAACAAUCUCUACCAGUGCACUUAAAAUUGAUUGACUUACCUAAUCUGUCAAGUAACAACAACACUUCAGUAUCAUGUGGUCCUUUAACUCCGUCAAGUUUAUGUGUCAGUUCUACAGUUUCAUUUACUUUUACCACUCAAUCACCAAUGUCAACAACUAUAGCGAAGUCAACUAAAAGGAACUCGCUUUUGGAUCCUAAUUCUGUGUUACAUGAGCCUUGUAAAACAACUCACGUUGUUAUGCGCCAUUCAACUCACUUGAGCAAUCUAAAGCCAGAAUCACCUCGUCUCGAUCUCAGUUUGCCGUUGCCUCCACCACCACCUCCCCCUCCUCCUGUUAAUCCUGCUAAUCUUCGUUCUAUGUUACACCAUUUUUUCCUGUUAUUUGAUUACAAACACCAGAUUUUAAAAGGCAUGAAUUUACCAAAUCGGCUGAUAUGAAUGUUUGUGAGCUAAUAGCCGUUAUGUUUGUUACUUUCAUUACAAUUUGAACGUGCUACGAAUCCAAAAGACUGAGUGAAUUUACGUCAUAAUAUUUAUGUGGUCUAACCUUUAUAGUAAGUGGUGAAUUUCAUAUAUCGUUACUGGACUUUUGGAUCUGUUAUGAAAGUACGACACUUCGCACUGAUCAGUCUAAACUGAUGAAUUAUUCUGUCGAUAAAACUGACAAAAACUACCACAGUAUCCUUCUUGUAAUAGUCUAAUCGCUAAUUCUUAGAUGGAUUAUCGUCAGUUAUAUAGAAUGAAUAUAACUUUGUCUAAGCAGUCGAUCGACCGUACCUCUAAUAUGGCUUUCAAAUGCUAGUAGUGAUCGUUAUUUUAGUUGUUUCUCCACAAUUUUGAAAACCACUACCUAUAAUGGCCUAGGCAACUAUAUUGUUAUAUCAGUUUCUACAUGAAAAAUAUGGCUUUUUCGACACUGCACGUUGUUAACAAGUUCAUUAUUGUGUUAUUUACUUUGUUAUGUAAGAUUGAUAUUUAAUCGUGUUGUUGAUUUCAACAUAUUAAAGAUAGUUCAUCAACUUCUUUGGAAUCAGCACGAAAAUAUUGUCGUUAUUUUUGUUACUCUUUAAGUUUCGAUUCUCCGAUGGAUAUUCUACACUAGUUAUCAGUUCUUUCAUCUUUUUUCAUUAUAUCAUUAGUUGCACAUUGCCUUGUUGCUAGAAGUGUGUGGGUGGUUGUCGAUUUUUGGUUCCUCAAACCUUUGAAACGUAUUUUUUGUUGUGUUAACUCCGUAAUUUCGAUACCUUACCAUCAGCAAUUUAAAUUCUUUUUGGAGGGAUUAUUUUUUGCAGACUAAUCUUUUCUAAUAUUUUCCUCUUGUUGUGAGGAUGCUGGUUGUUUAAAGGAAGUGCCUACUUCAGCCAUUAGCAGUACGACUUCACCAUCAGACUCUAAGUUCGCUGCUAUUUAAGUUAUAUACUUAGCAAGAUAGGACCUAAAACAUUGAUAUUUUAGCCAAUAUGGCUCCAUUAAGCCGUCAGAAUACAAGGGUCAGAGUCCCAUAUCAAAGUACUAGUUGUGAUCCUUGAUUUCCUGACUAGGUUUGUUAAAUAACGGCUGCGUUUUUGGUGCAUAGUAUUCUAUUUUGAUAAGAUGAAGAGUUUGUGGAAGUAUAAUGCUUUGAAUACUUAGAAUAAAAAUCCAGAGAUUUUCCAGUCUGGAUGUUGUUUUCACAAUGAAUGACAAUCUUUUUAAACUGAUAUGCCUCAUUUACUGUCAAGACCAUAGGUGCUGAGUUGUUAGAACAUAGACCGUUUCAUAUCCGCUUGAUUAUAACGGAAACAAGACUCCUUUAAUUGGUUGAUUUUAAGGUGGCUUUGUUAUACUAAUUGGGAUAUUCAUUUCUUACAUUUAAAAAGUGCCUGGAAAACCAGCCGAAUAAAUUGAAAGGUUCAGCUAUUGAUGUAGUAUUAAGAAUACCACUUUAAUGUUAUUCAUGAAGUUCUAACUGGAAGAUUUUAGAAUAUAUAUGUUAUAAAGGUUUCUUCUGUUGGGUCAGUUUUUUCAUCCUAAACAAAUUCAUUAGUAGUGUUAUGAGCGAAAACACAGGUGGGGACAACCAAUAUGUUUUAAUACAAUAUUACAGAGUAUCUUGUUAAAAUAUAAGUACCAUACACUGAAUACUUCAUUUGCAAAUUUCCAUCAUUUGUCCUUCAUAUUCUUUAUGAUUCUUCCUGUUCACAAUUCAUUUCUAUUUCCCAUUCUAUUCUCUUCAACUUGAUCUUCUUAGGUUUCUGCUGUCAAGUUUUCCACUUCCGAUUGGCGCCACAUACUACUUAUGUUCGCGGACAUAAGUAGCAUACACCACAGUAAGACCUUAUCCUUUGGUGAAGAAAAUGAUUGUACUACACCCUAAUAAAACACUAAUAAUAAGUUAUUAAUAAAUGUAUGUUAUCAUCAACACCGGUUGACCAGGUACAUUUUGCAUACUUAUUAUCAAGCCACACGCAAACUAUAACCUCUAGUGAUGCUAUCCUGUUGCUCAAGUCAAAGUAGAUGGAAUAGGGCUCAUACAUGCAACUUAAUCACUUAAAGUCAAACGAAUUAGUCGCUGAGUGAUCACUCCAUUUAUCAUCACAUUUCUGAGUUAUAUUCACUGGAUGUUCCAUUUUCCGAUUAAAAACAUAGAUGAAGCGAAAAAAACGCCUAUCACUUACACUACAGUUUUGUGUAAAAUUUGAAAUAUACCUAAUAGCAGAUUGUUAACUGUUGGGUUAACUACCUGGGACGCUAAUCAAAAAAAUCCAAAGUUGAUGAUUGAAGUUAAAAUAAAAAUGUACGUAAAUCGUUUACGCGAAAUUGUUAAAUCCUAUUAUCCCACCAAGGGGUAUUACUAUCACUACCUUUACUACUCUGGGAUUAGCCCUGAGUUGAUGGGGUAUGGCAAAUUGAGCCAGGCUUUACGUUGCAUAUGGCUGACUGAAAAAACAAGGAGCUAUAAAAUGUUAUGUACAGGCAUAACAUGGUGUUUAGAAGCAGAUAAAUCAGAAACACUUCAAUGCAUCCUAUGGCUCACUUAAGAUAAUGGGAAAACAAUCUUAAAUUUUGCCGCUAUGUAAAUUCGGGCAUCAUUUACAGGACGUUUAAAUUUAACGUUAGAAAUUAAUCCUGAACAACAGAGAAGAAUAUUUUAUUCAAAUUUUAAUUCUACCAAUCAUGAAGAAAUGAAGCAAACGAGUACGAGAAACACACUGUUCAUGCUUAUAGAAAAAAAGUAUCACAGUGAGUUAAGAGUAAAUGAACAUAAAUUCGGAAAUAUUCUCAAUAACAAUAAAGUUGUAACAUUUAAAACAGCUUGUUAUCAUUUCUUUAUCAUAUGGCUUACCUGACAGUGAUCUAUAGUAAGGUGUAAACAAUGCUGUCAAAUGAUGGUUUGUUAACACUAAUGAUGUAAGACUAAUAAACGAUAAAACAUUUUUACACCUAAUUAUCUCGAUAAAAUCUCUCAAUUAUUAUUAUUAUCUAUCUAUUUCAUUUUGAAUUGCUUUAAUUUCCAUACCAACAUAAUUAAUGUUAUCCAUACAUUUAAAUAACGUACAAUUACAUUUUUCAAUUUAUUGCGCUUUUUGUUUCAUUGGCUUUUUUCUUUCAUUAAUUUUGUCUUUGUGUACUGCUGCUAAAUAAUUGCGAUUUGGACUGGUUUAUUUUAGACAAGGUUUUUCAUUUAUCUGAUUGUUUGCACAAUUUUCACAAUGAAGCGAUUAAAUUACAUUGUCUUUUACUUGCUUUUAUCAGUAUGUACUUUACUUGCGAUCGUUAUUAUUAUUGUAUUUCAGAUUAUAGAAGAACUAAGACUUUUCUUGUUGGUAGUCAACCAAUCCUCACAUCCGUUGUAGCCACUGUCACCGCCCAACUAGUACCUUAUCCAUAUCAUCUCUUCUAAAUAUAAUGAAUAAUAACCGUUCCUUUGGUGGUAUUCUGCUGCGUAUUUGUCGAGCACAUUUAAUGGCUAGAUUUUGUUUGAUGUAUUUCUUUUUUUCUCUCUCCCGCUCUUUAUAUCUCGCAUGAAAUAAAUGUCAACUGACCAUUAUUAGCACGCGGUUUCGUCUACACGGAUCAUCAUCUUGAUCUUUUUUGUUUGCCGUUUUCGUAUUUUAGCUUUUCAACAUGACGACAUUUACGCAUACACACUCAUAUACAUUUAACACAUACUAUUUAUGUCAGCAGAUGACCAUUUGAAGUAGUCAUUGCAGCACUUCAUCAUAUGCUCUUCUGUUGUUACUUCCUUCUCUUUGGCUAUUCUUAAUUAAUUGUGCUAUGUGUUACGAUGUUUUUGCUAUUUAUCUGCCCUCAUGUGUACUCCUUCACUUUUGCUUUUGUUAUUCGUUUUCUAUUGUUUUUCAUUCCUUACUUUUGGUUUUACAUAAUAAGAAAAAAGAUGAAAAUUUGCUUCCGAAUUCUGUUCACUAAAUUCUUGUUACUCUUGCUCUGAUCUACUACUAAUAAUAACAUUUAUAAUUUUUAGAAUUGUCUUCUUACGAUUUGUUUUUUUACAUAAAAUAAAAGUGUUUUACGUACCUUUUUUCUUGAUGUUGUUUGCUCCUUGUGUCAAGAUAAAAAACAAAUGAGUAGUUAUGGCAUAAUUUUGUGUGUACGUGUGACCUGCUUGACUUAGUUACAAUCCAUCGUAGUUACCAUUUUUGUGUAUUUUGUUAAUUACUUGGAGAAAAUAAUAAAUAUGUUUGAAAUAUUUUGAUCAAUGUUUAUUAUUGUAGUAGAUUUUGUAUCUGAAUCAUCUCCAACUUUCUUAAUUUCAGUAUGUGAUAUUCAGCUUAUUAAAACCUCAUCAGUUGCCACAUGUUAAGAUCAGAUCACUUACAUGGAAAUUAAUGAGAAACCAAGUGAAUCCCAAUCAGUUGUUGAGUAUAUUCAUCAUCACAACUCUUCUUAGUAGAGAUUUGCAUGUACUUAUUUGGGUAGUGUUUGACCAAUUUUAUUACACUAUAUUCAUGAGAUUCGAAAUGACGAAAGGAGGCUAAAAGAUACUCUUUAUGUGCUAUAAAAAUGUUAAUUCUUUUUUUUUCUGAACUAAAUCAGCAUCAGGUUGAAUGAGAAGACUACUGGAGAAAUGUAAUUAGUAAUGAAUUCUCCGUGACUUUACUUUUACGUAAUUUCCUUUAAUAUUUGUUAGUAUUUCUGUUCAUUGCUUUUUUGUUUACUCUAUUAUUUUUUUGUAAAGUAAAAUUGUGCUAUUUAUUGAA